AGAGAAAGGAAUAAGAGAUAUUCAGAGCCAUGGGAAUCUGCAUCUCCAAAGUAUCCUCAGAGAUCCACAACGCCGAUUCCAUUCACGGCCAUGAAAACGCAGUCAUCUUCUUCGAUAAUCGAGCUCAGAAUUUCACUCAUCAGAGUCUCCUCAACCUCAAAGCCUCUGUUUACUCCAGAGAAGGAAGCAAGUGUCUCAACCAGGACUCCGCCAUUAUCUACCAGUGUUUUGGAGCGGGAGAAGGAGACGGAGUUUUCGCUGGAGUUUUCGAUGGUCAUGGACCGAACGGUCAUGUAGUGAGUGAGUUCGUCAGAAAUCGCCUUCCUCUGAUUUUGUUGGAUCGAAAAGAGGCUUUUGAUAAGCUUGGAUUGGAUUUGAACGAUGAUGUUUACGAAAGUUUUAGAGAGAAAACCUUCGAUACUGAGCUGGUGCCGGUCGAUUUGGAUGGAGAUUCUCAGAAAUGGAAGGAUGUUAUUACCAGCUCCUUUAAAGUCAUGGACAAGGAGAUUAAGCUUCAACAUCAAUUGGAUUUCUCUUGUAGUGGAACCACCGCCGUUGUCACCAUUAGACAGGGGGAAGAUCUCAUCAUAGCGAAUUUGGGGGAUUCAAGGGCUGUUUUGGGAACAAGUACAGAUAAGAAUGGAAUUAAGGCUGUUCAAUUAACCACUGAUCUAAAGCCUAGCAUACCGAGUGAGGCAGAUCGAAUAAGGAGUUGUAAUGGACGAGUUCUUGCGCUGAAGAACGAACCUCACAUCCAACGAGUAUGGUUGCCGCACGAGGACGCCCCUGGCCUAGCCAUGUCUCGUUCUUUCGGAGACUUUCUUCUCAAAGACCACGGCAUCAUCGCUGUCCCUGAUGUCACCUACCAUCGCCUCACUCCCAAAGACCAAUUCAUGGUUCUCGCCACUGAUGGGGUUUGGGAUGUGUUGAGCAACGACGAAGUUGCCUCGAUUGCUUGGGAAGCGAAGAGCGAGGAGGGAGCGGCGAGAGCGGUGGUUGAGGCGGCCAUGGGAGCGUGGAAAAGGAAGUUCCCUCAUGCCAAAAUGGACGACUGCACUGCGAUUUGCCUCUUCUUUGGGAAGUAACAUUAUCCUGGUUUGAAGACUUGAGAUGUUUUUGUUGCACUGUUCUUAUUUGUUUCAAUCAAAAUGAUGGCCAUGCUUGCCUCUGUCAAUGCUUUGCUUUGCUUUCUCUUUUGGGUAUUUUUUUUAGAAUGGAGAAAGCUCCAAUAGAGUAGAGUAUGAUGUUCCAAAUUUAGAGGAAAAAGAAAAUAGAUUUAUGUAUAUGUAUAUGAGAAAGAAUAUGAUCAUAUAUAGUUUGGUCAUAAUCUGAAUAUGAUAAUUGAUGAUGAUGAUGAUAAUGAUAAUAUAGGGAUCAACCUUGAGAAGUUGAUAUUAAUCAAAAUUAAAUAGACUUUCCCAUUUCA